AUAUUGUUCGAUUCGACACGACGACACUAUCCCCUCCCACUUCCCCGACUCAUCGUCUUCCACGGCCUCACCGCGAAGCCGCCGGAAAACCACCACCGCCACCACCGCCACCGCUACACUCGCGUCGAGGUGAUCGGCGAUGUUCACCUGCCGGCCGCUGGUGUCCCCUCCGCUGCCGCGGCGCCUCGCCGUCGCGUCCCCUCUGGCGCCCGCGCGGCCGCCUCCCUCGUCGGCGUCGUCGCUGCGCGUGGUGCGGUGCAUGGCGAAGGAGCGGCGGGUGCGGAUGGUGGCGAAGCAGAUCCAGCGGGAGCUCGCGGACAUGCUCACCCGCGACCCCGUCCUCCAGCGCGCCGUCCUCCCCGAGGCCGCGCUCGGCGCCGACCAGUACCUCUCCUCCCUCACCACCAUCGCCGACGUCGAGCUCUCCAACGACCUCCAGGUGUGCAAGGUGUAUGUCUCCGUGUUUGGGGACGAGAGGGGGAAGAAGGUGGCCAUUGCUGGGCUCAAGGCUAAGACUAAGUACGUCAGGAGCCAAAUAGGCAAGCGGAUGAAGCUGCGCCUCACGCCUGAGAUACGGUUCAUCGAGGAUGAGUCCAUGGAGCGGGGAAGCAGGAUUCUUGCUAUACUGGACAAAUUAAAGGAGGAAAGGGAGCAACAAGAAGGAAAUGAAGAAGAGGAAGAUGGAGAAGGUGCAAAUCUAUCAGAAGAAGAAGAAGGUGACUGGGAUGCAGAUGAGCCAGAUGAGGAGGACAUCAUAUAUGUAAAAUAACCUGAUGUGCCUUCUUACUUGCCCAUGAUUCAUCCAACCCCCGAAUGCAGCAGCUAUCUUAGAUUUUAGUCCUACAAAGAUGAGAACUCUCUGCUUUGCAAAGUGUUCCAAAGUUCCUCAACACUAGGAGAGCUUGUCUGUUGCCAAUUAGAAGCAGAUCAUAUCCUUUUUUACAUCGCCGGUCAAAGCUGAAGCUAUUUUGGCGCAGAGUUCUGAAGGAAGAUUUCCCCUUUUUCUGUUCACUAGACCAUGGUCUUCGACCGUUGGUGAAAGAUGCUUUAACUUAAGUUCAUCCUUGUCGUAUGCUGACUAGCACCUGUUAUAUGUCUGCUUACCUUGCUGAAUUUCAGUUCUCAUUUUCUGUUUUGUUUGGGAAUGGUUGUAUACCUUUCAGUAAAUUAUGCCAUACAGCAGUACCUUUAGUUCUGUACUGUGUAUUGAUAAAGGCACAUUUUCUGAUUUACGAACUUCGAACUACGUACUUGCCAUUGUGAAAUUGUAAGAGCUGGUAGUGGCUCAUCUGGCAAAACAAUCAGCUGAAGAAACAGCUGCUAGAGAAGAUGAGGUGCCUACUCUAUACACAUAUAACUCAACUGGGUUUGUAAUUCGGUAUCGGAUUAGUGUUUAUAUGACCUUCUGUAUUUUCCUUCUACAUUGCAAGAGGGAUUUUUCUUUAUUCGGGCUACUGAUUUCAGAAGUUUCCCAGCUUCUUCUGUCAUUCACAUUUUUGAUGCUUUUCCAGGCUUCUUUAUCAGCAGCAUAUAUUCCCCGGUGUAUGAACAAUCUGAAAUAAUUAUUUCAUAUUAACCUGGGCUUAUUGAGUCAAACAAUUAAGGUGGAAGAAAGCGUUCUCAGGAAACUGAAAAGAAGGCAAAUCCAACUACAAAAUGGUUGCAUGCAAUGUUUGAACAGUGGGCCUUCUAUUCUGUAUUUGUUAUUUGUUCUCAACAUUUCAGAGAGAGCACUGAGGAGUAAACAACCUCAGAAAGAAUGUGAUAGUCUAAACAAAAUCAUCUUGGUGAUGGUUAGAGAUGUACUGCUGCCAUCUCAUUAUUUUAUCAAGAGGAACUGCAAAGGUGCAAAUCAAACCAUGAAAGAGCCAACUGAUACUUUCGCGCUAUUUCUAUGUGGCCAUUCAUCUAGAGAAGUUGGAGGUCAGAACUUAAUUAAACAUCCCUGAUAUCCUUUCCAUCUGUUAUGCAAAAUUCUACUCAGAUAUAGAUACACCUGCCGUCUUGCAAAUCAACCAUAAGAAAGAUGGAAGAGGCUCUGGUGGAUACCCUAUUUUCCUUGUUAGCAGAGCAUCGUCCAUUGUUAUUACUUUGUCAGUUGACAGACAUAGUGCCAUGAUUCUGAAUGCUUGUCCACCAAGAGCUGUGUACCAUACACUAAACCCAAAAGACUGUGGACAUGAAUAUCAGAAUUCCCUUUCAGUUGAGGUCACCCUACUACGUUCUCACUGGAAGACCCGUGGAAUAUCCUACUUUUGUUUAUUCUCGGAAACAAAUCUAGCAGCGUAAUCAUACAAGGGCUUUUAGGAACCAACAGAUUCUCCAGAGUACAGAAGAAACAGCCGGUUGAAGUCCUGAUAUACCGUUGCUGGAGUAAUGCUCAAAUAGUCAGUGAGGAUCAGCAAGCUCUGGGUCACAAUUGAUUUGACUUUGAACAUUUCCAAAAUUGACAGUAACUAAGCAAAGCGUGCUACUGAUGGAGCAUCUUCUGCAUAACAAAAGGCUGGUUACUUAUCUAAUGCUUGGAGAAGUUAGGAAAUAACUGGUUCUAGAAACUGGAUUGGCAAGACAACUUUAGCACCAGGUAAGUGGUUCCAAUGGUUUUUUGCUUUCACCAAGAUUAACAAACUGGGAAAACUAAUACAGGCAGCUGCCCUACCACGGUGCAAAUGUCUUAUCUAAGGAAGAAGAGAAGUUGAAUCUACACAAGAAGAUUCCUAGAAUUACAUAAAGCUUAUGCUCAGAUCUGAAGGAUACAAAGAUAAUAAUUUCGGUAGAGGCAGCUGAACUGGUUCUUGUACCAAAAUGAAGGUACAUAGGAAUGACAGAAUCUUUAAGAGAAAAAGGAGUUCAAGUCUUCCACAUUGAAUGAUUAUGGAGAUUCAUCACGAGCAGUCAACUGAGAGAUACUCCUUGUCCCUUCAGAAUUGGAAGCACACAACAGUCGUUGUCCUUGCACAUUGAGAUGCUCAAUUGUUCAUUGUCUCGUUUACAGACGAGAGAUGGUAAUCACUAAUCAGAUCUAGCCUGCUCAUUAUUCUACUGGUAAUGCAGUGAUGAAAUGUGUUCUUAAAAUGACACAGGAAGCAUCUUUUGAUGCAGCGUGGAACUUGCAUUAGCGAGGGCGCAUACAUGCCGAGUAUGUUUGUGCUACUGUUUCUGAUGAAGAAGAGAUAGCUAAGGAUCGUGCUGUAAAAUGGCAUCGUACUCAAAGGUGAAUCAGUUUUGCUUUGGUUUCUGUAACUGGCGUUGAGUCCUUUCCCCCAAACUGAAGAAAGUCGGCAGGGUCACUGGUUGUCCUGGUUUUCAGGAAUCACUCUCAAUCUAUGAGUUCCUCCUCUAUUUUUUUGAGGUAAGUGACUUGGUGGGUCUAAACUAUGUGUUCCUGAAGUUUACGGAUGGCAUAUCUGAUAAAAAGUCAGCACCAGUUUCGUAUCUUGCAUGUAAGGCGGGAGGACAUAUGUGACAAAAUGGCCUUCAGGACAAGCAUUGUGAGUAUUGUAUUGCCUUCCCUUUGUAUCCUGUCUAUGGUGGUAAAUUGACCUUCAGCAGCCAAAAUACUUAACGGUUGUUUGGCGGGGUUUUGGUUUUCUUUGGUGUCCCUGUCAUGGAUUGUGAGUUUGAGAUGAGGAUUGAGCUUCUUAGGAACUGAAAAGGACAUGAUGAUUGUCUGUACUAUUAUUGUUAAUCAGCAUAGUUUCCAUUGGAUGUAAGUUAGCAUCAAUCUUAUUGUUCAGACAGCUCUUCUCUGAGCCUAUUGUCGAACAAUGCAAGAUCUCAGUUUUGAUAACUGUACGCUACACUAUGAGCUAUUGCUCACUCAUCUGCAACAUCUGAUUGAUUUGGGAUUUUAUGGGUUUUCUGUUGUCAUAUUGCAACUAAAGUUUCUUUUCAAGGUGAUUUUACCUGUUCACAUUUUUGUGCAUCUUCUGUAAUGUGAUUAUGUGAACCAAAUAUUCUAGUUCGCCCUACCAUGUAAAUGAAGUAAUGCCAUGCAUUUCAAGUCUCCAAGUCCUGCCCAUGAUCUUCAAUAUUGUGAGGGUAAGACUUCUUCACAUUUCACAACUACAAAUUCAUGGUCAUGUGUAAGUUACUUUCAAACAUGAAUAUUUCCAUACCGAUUGUGAAUCAAAUCACAAACAUACUGUACGUAUUGCUGCAUUUACUAUAUCUGACUUUGAAAAUGUUCAAGUGGCAUUUGGUUCUGUGAUCAAUGUACUUUGUCCUCAAUGAAUUUUCCUUUGUCAUGAGCACCUGACUUGUCUUUCUGUUGAAUACCGGCACAGCGCGUAUUGACAAUUCACCGAUUCAGGCUGUGUUAUGAAGACGGAGCACCGGAUUAUACAAGUAGUCAGGCACUGUUAUUCUGUGAAGCUGACUUUCACUGAUCCAUCCACCGACGCAUCAUCAGAAUUGAUAAGGAGGAGCAUCUGUUCUGUUCUGUAGUUUAACAGGCCCACCCAGAUCUGAUUCAUUUGAUUACCUUUCGUUUUCAGAUGAAACCAUCUGGCACCUGCGAUCCAAAGAGGCCUUGAAAGCUGGUCCAUGUUUAUCUUCAGAAACCAGAAUAACAAGUCCAUGGCUUAUUGACAUAUCAAUCGUUUGGUCAGUUAGAAGUUAUUAUUGAAAAAAGAGAGGAAAAGUUAGUAGUUCAUCAUACGUACAUGGUUGGGUGAUAGGCAAUUUGGCAUGUGAAGAGUUAUUUGGCAGAGGCAGCCAAAGUUGAAGCAGUAUCCUGUAACCAAGUUGGUAUACGCGUACGCCUACGACUACGAGAGCGAUACUGUCGUGUCACGUGUGGCAGCCAAGACACGGUCAUGGACUCAUGGUCACCAUCACUAUCAACCCACUUGAACAUUCAGAUCAAGCAGCUAGUGAGUAUUUUUUUUUUUGGUAAAUCAAGGUCGGCUCAUUCAUUCAAAUAAAGAUUCAGAGUUUACAAGUUCCUA